GCUGGGAAAUAGCUGCUCACAAGGGGCUUGGGCCAGGGGGUUUGUGUGAGACUUUGUUUAAUAACACCACUGCUGCCUAAUGAUGAGCUCUUAGACACACUUCACUGCGUGGAUGCUGAGUUACUCCGGGGGUAAAAAACACGUGCCGCCUGCCAGCUACUCACUCUUGAAGGUUGUGGAUGGAGUAGAGCUGGUUCCUUCCAACCGAGAGCUCUCACACACGAUACAAAGGUCUUUACAGGCGGGUGCUCAUCCAGAGGGCGGCUUCGAAUCUGUGCACGUGUCCGUGCGCGUUAAAAGGUGCUGGGCGGUCUCGGCAAAGGUGCAGCCGAGCCCGUUUUAUGGAGCUUAUGGCAGCAGGGUUGGAACGAGACUACCUGAUGCUGUGUGGACCAUAAUGUUUAGAAGCAGCCCUGCCCUGCCCUGCCCAGGCUGCACCUGUGGGCUUCCUGCAUCGUUUCUAAUGGACCUGGUUGCGUGUUAGAUCUCUGCUCCGAAAUCUGGAGGGUCUGUCACAUGAUCAUGCGGACGCUGCUGUAGAAACUGGUGUGUUUUGCUCUACGCGAUGUUUCCGCAAAUGACUUUAAUCAUGCAUCUGAACAUCACGUGAACACCCAUCGUCUUUUAUGUGCCUAACUGAAUAAGGUUGGGUUAGGAAGCGUGCAGUGGUCAUGUGGGACUCAUUGCCUUAAAACUGCUCUGAGUCUUGUAGUGACAGUCUUAUGUACUGGAGCUCCUUGGUUCCUGCUGUCCUCCGUGAUAGGCAGGGAAGAGAGCAGGUCUGUAGGAUGGAGGUAAGCUGGGUUCUCUUUCAUGUUUGUUCAUCACAUAGCCCAGUGCAGGCCUGCUCUAACUGGGGUCUCUGGUGUCAUGAUCAUGCCCAAUGAUCCACAUGCCCUUUGUGGUGGUGUCUAGGGGAGCUGUGCUUGGGGAAGCACCAAGUCAAGGCGGGGGCCAUGUGUGGAAAUUGGAGGGCAGGGGUUGCGAUGCAGAGUGGGAAAAUCUCUGGUCCAUCCAGCUCGUCCGAAGCAGCUGAAAGGUGGAACGUGCAGCCGAUGUCUGCGCUUCCCAGGCGGUACAGUAUACUGCCUCGUAUAAAUAGUCUCUUGUCACUGGCGGAGUGGGGCUUAUGCUUUUUAUAGAGGGGCGGUGCAGGCAGGUCUGGUUACAGGCUGAGGCAGAGCUGGCAGUGCUGCAGAGGUCUUAAGAAAACCCGGGAAACUGCUUCUCGGCAUGGGGUGUGCACAGACAGGGGGAGGCAUUAAUCAGCACCUGGCUGGGCUGUUGUGGGGGUAGGUUGAGUCCCUCCCAUGUUCUGGGUUGGGUUACCAGGGCUCGUCUUAUGAUCCGAGUCCUCCCUGCUGGGGGAGGGUUGCCAGCCCUGAUGCCAGACAUAACCCCCUCCAUGCUGGAAGUCAGUUGCCUGUCACGUUUUUUGGAAUGGUUACAGGCCCUUUCACCAGUUUCUUCUCCCUUCCCGUCAGAGCUGAGGCAAUCUCUUGUUUGUUGUGAUGGUCCUUUAUUAGUUCUAUUUUCCUGCAUAUAUCCUGCACCUUUUCCCUCAAAACCAACUGGGGAAAACCAGGUUGUGCUUUAUAUGCAAGAAAAUAGGAUCCCUAUGGGUUUGGAAACUUGGAAGGGAGGGUGGGUAGAGCCAUGGCAAUGUUAACUGCUGCAGCAGUUAACAUUGCCACCACUCCUUCCCCCUGCUGCCAGAUUUGUGGGCCUGUGGGAAGCUGUCUCCCCAACCAUGUGAUGGAUCUGGUCCAUGUGUGGUCCUGGUGUGUAACCAGAUUUCACAUGCUGAGUCCAGUCUGGUGCACAACCCUAGACCUGGCGUGCCAACACUAGAUCCAGAGUCACUGGCUGGGUUCAGCCCUGUGUGCUGCCUCUGGGGCUGCAUGCCAAGCCUGGGACGGUGUGUACGGGACUACACACUGGCUCCGAGUUGGGUUCAGUGCGUGGCCUUGGAGCCAGUGCUCGGGGUCAGAAUUGGCGUAUGACUCCAGACCCAGUGUGCAGUCCUGGGACUGGCACACUGGGUCAGUCCAUGAGCCCAGUCAGCUUGUGGGGCUAGGAGCAAGCUCAGCCCCGUGGCUGCUGCCACUCAUGUUGAUCAAAGGGUUAUUUUUCCCCACUUCAGGUCCCCUUCAAUCAAGGUGCUCACUGUGUAUUGGGGUGUAUGGAGUCUGCUGGGGACAAAUUGUGGGCUGGGCAUAAGGGGUGCAUUGCAGCUUCCGCACUUCAUGUUUGAGGCUAGUGAGGAACCUUGAGUUCUGGGUCCUGCCCUUGCCCUGUGCUUCGUAAAAAGCAGCAGGGCAGCACAAGGGUAGGGGCAGCAUAGGGAACCACAGCUCCUCCCAGUGCAGCUCCUGCAUUGGAGGGGACUUUGGGAGGAGGUGGGGCUGACGCCUGGCUCCGGGCUGGUUGCUGCACUCGGUCCCAGGGCAUGUGAGCGAGUGCUGUACAACUGGGUGCAUUAACCUGUCAGGCCGUGCGACUUCUCUGGGCUCUGACGUGAGCUCAGUGCACUCGGCAGGGAGAGGACCAGGAUUGUGCCAGCUUGCCGGGACUGCUGCUAACACCUGCUCAGGUUGGGGCUUCCCUGCUGGGGCUGGCUGGUGAAAGCCCUCACUUACUCUGUGUGGAAAUGACUUCUGAGAGGGACCGGAAGGAGCCAGACUGGGAUGCGAUUCGGACCCUUAACACCCUCCAGACUAAUGCUAGUUACCUGGAGCAGGUAAAGCGGGAGCGAGGAGACCCUCAGGUGCAGCUGGAGGCCAUGAAAGGCUUUUUGGAGCGAAGCGGGUUGAAGGUCGAAGACCUGGAUCAACUGAACAUCAUCCACGUCACUGGGACGAAGGGCAAGGGCUCAGCCUGUGCCUUCACAGAGCGCAUCCUCCGAAACUACGGCCUCAAGACAGGCUUUUACAGCUCUCCCCACCUGGUGCAGGUACGUGAGCGGAUCCGCAUCAAUGGGCAGCCGAUCAGCAAGGAGCUCUUCAGCAAGUACUUCUGGCAGGUGUACAACCGGCUAGAGGAGACCAAGGACCCUGCCUAUGCCAGCAUGCCUGCCUACUUCCGCUUCCUCACCAUCAUGGCCUUCCAUGUCUUCCUGCAGGAGAAGGUGGACCUUGCAGUGGUGGAAGUUGGCAUUGGAGGGGCCUACGAUUGCACCAACAUUGUCAGGAAGCCAGUCGUGUGUGGAGUCUCUUCUCUGGGGAUUGACCACACCAGCAUCCUGGGGGACACCAUGGAGAAAAUUGCUUGGCAGAAAGGAGGCAUCUUCAAGCCUGGUGUGCCGGCAUUCACGGUGCCACAGCCGGAGCGGCCCCUGGAGGUGCUGAGGGACCGAGCCAGGGAGAGCCCGUGCCCCCUCUACCUGUGCCCAGACUUGGGUGCCUAUGAAGAGGGCAAAGUGUUCCCGCUGGGCCUGGCAGGUGACCAUCAGCGAUCAAACGCCACCCUGGCCUUGCAGCUAUCACGGAUGUGGCUGGAGCAGCAGGGAUACCAAGGUAUCGGGGAGCUGAAGGACUUGUGGCCAGGUGCAGAGCCACCAGGGAAAAAGCCUGUACCUUUGGCACCCGUGUUCAGGCCCAGCAUUGCCAUGGUGCAGGGUUUGCAGGACGCGGUGUGGCUGGGCCGUACCCAGGUGCUGCAGCAUGGGCCGGUGACAUGGUACAUUGAUGGGGCGCACACCACCAGCAGCGUGCAGGCCUGCGUGCGCUGGUUCCACCAGGCUGCACUCAAUGAGGAGAAGCCAGUGGAUGGCUCUGAGGUCCGAGUGCUUCUCUUCAACGCCACUGGGGACCGGGACACGGCGGCUCUGCUGAAGCUACUGCUGCCUUGCCAGUUUGACUACGCUGUGUUCUGUCCCAACUUCACAGAGGUGUCUACGGCGGGGAAUGCAGACCAGCAGAACUUCACGGUCACGCUGGAGAACGUGCUGACCCGCUGCCUGGAUAACCAGAAGAAGUGGAACCAGCUGAUGGAGGAGAAGGUGGGCCAGGACCUCUGGCUGUCUGCCCCCUUGGUGGUGGAGGGAGUUGGUGGGCGGCUGAAGCCUGACCCCCUGCGCAGCGCCCUGCUACUUGUGCCCUCUGUGGAGCGCCCGCUCAAUGCCAACUCACUGGUGUUCCCUUGCAUCUCCCAUGCCCUGCAGUGGAUCACCCAGGGCAGGGACCCACUCCUCCAGAUGCCUACCACCAAGGGCCUCCAUCUGCACCCUGUGGCUAGCACUGGUGCUGUCUUGCUCAAGGAAGCCACCGUCAUCCGUGUGCUGGUCACAGGAAGCCUGCACCUGGUGGGUGGGGUCUUGAAGCUGCUUGACCAGUCACUCUCGCAAUAGAGACUGCCGGGGUGGUGCCUCUGCCCUGCCCUUCGUUGUUUACUUGAAUAUUCCUUGGCACCUUGUUCCAGCCACUCCAGGGAUGCUGGUGACCAAGCCUUGGCCCUGAGGUAGAAGGGGCAGGCUUGGGCCAGCCUCUGGGAUCUGAGCCACCUCCUUGCUGUGUGGUCCGCCCUCUAGGCAAAUCCUUUUGCCCCAAGCAGCAGGACCUGCACCUAGGGCUGGAGUUGGCACCCCUGACUUCCACAGCCCAGAACUGGGGUUUUCAUGCUCAGCGCCUCGUUUGCUGAAGUGAGAUCCAUGCCCUCAGCAGAUCCAGCCUCCCCUGGGAGUGGGCUCUGGUUUGGAGACCCAAGAGCUGGAUCCUUCCUGCCUCAAGGCACCUGAGGGGGCAGGCCCUUGUCUGCCAGUCUCAUUGCCACUGCUCUUCUCAGUUUGCUGGCAGAUCUGUGCCUCUGCCCUCCCAGGAACCAAGAGCCACUGGCACUGGGCCAUUCCUUCCCCAGCUUGCCCAAGCAGGUGCAGGCUGGUAGAAGUCUGUCCCUGUCUCCUGGGACCAACUCCCUCUGUCCUCCCCACCCACUCCAGCUCUGAGCAGCAGGUGGGGAAAGGAGCUGAUUGGGGUAGGUUUGCUUGCUUUUCCAUGCUGGACACUGAAUCCUGGGAUGGUGGAGAGUGCUGCUUGCUAAAAAGCAGGAGUGAAGGGAAACUCCCUGGGAGAGAGUUGGCACCCCCAGCUGGCACGUGGCCCUCAGUGUGGGGCACCUGCCACCCUAGGCUCUGCUGGGCCAGCCCUGCCACCACUGCCUGGUGCUUAGGGGGUCCCCCCCACCCAUCCUUAGUGCCUUUGUCUCCUCCCUGGAUUCACCUCCCUACAGCCUGAGCCUAGCUCAGACCCUAGAGGGGCUCUGCAGAGGCCAUUAGUGCCACUGUGCGUCUUAGGCUUAGCGCUGCCUGGGGACUGGCCUUGUUCCUACCCAUGGGGGAGGGGGGGGUCUUGUGCAGCAGGCCCAGCUCCCCCCAAGCCAGCCCCAUUCCUGGUGAGACUUGUGUGCUGGCAUGAGGCUCUGUUCUGGCAUCUAACCCUCCCCUCCUUCCCAGUGCAGGGCAGUGUGGUGCAAGGGCAGCUCUGGAGGCAGUGUGCUGUGUGGGUGCUGACCCUGCUGGCGCCCCGAAGGGGUGGGAAGGGCCUUCACUGUCUCCGCUGGGUAGUAAAUAUGACGGGGGCUCUGGCCUGUGUGGGGCUGGGCUUGGGAAGGGGCCAGACUGCCCUUGCAGUUUAGGAGCCUGCCUGCUUUCCGGGCCUUGUGCAGUCUGCAUUGUUCAAGCAGGGGCUGGCUGGCUGCCUGGAGCCCAGGCUGACCUGUCCCGGGGCAGGCAGCGACUGCAGGGAGUGCUGGCUUGGAGGAGCUGAGCUACAUCUCUGUGGGGCAGAGAUUGCAAAGCUGGAGGCUGAGCACUGCUCUGUGUCCCCACAGCAUUACUUGGGCUCCCCAAGGGGCAUGGCCUGUGCUAAAACUGCUGUGGUCAGGUGCUGAGCUCAGUCUCCCGUAGAGAUCAGAGGAACUUGGCCUCUGGGCAUAGGGCAGUAGUGCUUCAGCUGCCCUAGACUAGACAAGAUGUUGGAUGGGGCAAAGCGUGCAUUGUCAGGGCUGUGUGAGAGUAUGGGGGUGCUACAGGGUUUGUGUCUCUGCCACUGCGGUGCCCAGCUCAGCCAACUGCAGCACAUUUUGAAUCAGUGACCAGCAGAGAUGUCUGUUCACUCCACUCUGUGCAGGGGCUGACUGGGCUCAGUUUGGACUGAGCCCAGGAUGGAUCAGGGAAUGGACCACGCAGUCGCAGUCAUUUGCUCUUGUGGUUAAGUGUGAUGCUGGCUAUCUGCUUCUCAGGGUACUGUCUUUGAUUGCAGCCAGCCUGGCCCGGCUUGUCAUUGGGCUGUGUGUGGAGGCUGGUGGAGCUGGCACCGAGGCAUCUAAUGGGCCAAGCUGGCCUAGAUAUGUUCCCAGUGUGCUGUUACACCAGCUUCUCCUUGUCAGUUCAGCACUCAGCAGCAAGGGCCUGCAAAGGCUGCUAGAACAGGUUUCCCUGCUGGCUGUGCAGGGGGGUGGCUUUCAUGAUGGUCCAUGCCCCUGCCUGCUGACGGUUGCUGCUGCACUGGCUGUGCUGGGAGCUGGGCUGUGUUCGGCCCUGGGUGGCCCUCAUCCCCCAGUAUGGCUCUGUGCUGAAGCCACCUGUGGCUCGGACCCAGCCGUCUGUCUGUGGGCGUGUGCCCAGGCCUCUGACCAUCCCCCUAGUUGUGAUGGAUCAGACUGCUACACUCCCGGGGACCAGUGUGCCAACCUGCCUAUCAGCUGUGACGGGCUUCUGUCCCCUGCCGUGGUGUCCUGGUGCCACCACGUAUUUGCCCCUUCCCCUCCAGCUCCAGUAGUAACAAACUGCCAACACAUGGGGCUUCCUGCGCUGCACCCUCCCCUGCCCUUGUGGGACGUGGUUAGGACAUUGUCAUCUGAGCUACUUCUUUUGACCCGAGCCUGCCUGCUCCUCCUGUUUAGGAACAAUGUUCAAGUCUACUCCCCUCGUAGACCUCUGCAUUGGAGCAGAGCAGGGCCUAUAGGCACUAGCAUAGUACCAGGAGCAGUUCUCACCUGGGCCCUGGCCCAACGGUAUUGGUAGUGUAGUGUGGUCUAGUAAAGGGCUGUUACAUACAGGAUAGAUCACAGGCACCAUGCAGCAAUUGGUGCGGUCUUCUUUAUGGGAGAUGCUCAGUGCUGCCUAGAGUGGCUGUGACAGGAAAUACCUGCUCUGGUUGGAGGUUCGGAAGGACAAAGGAGGGAGAGCAGGGUCUGUCUUUGCACAGGUGCUCUGAAGGGAUGCCAAAGGCCAGAGCACCCUGGUUUAUGCAUAGCAGCUAAGAGUUUCAGAGCUGAACAUAACUCACCUUUUUUUUUUAUAUAUAAAAUCUAACUGUUACAGAAGGUUUGAGUGAAAAUUGCAGGCUCCUGCCUGAGCUCAAGAGUUGUGAAAGAGUCAUGGCAUGGCCAAGCCACCAGUGGCCACUGCAUUGAACUGUUGAUGGACGCAAUAAAUAUCUGGCUCUGA